CGGCACUUUUCGCAAUGAUAUCUUGAGGUUGGAGUUACGGUACUGUAUUUGAAGUACCGUACGACCGACGAUGCUACUAGUCUGCAAUCCGUGGUUCAGCUUCGACACAGUGACGCGAAGUCUGCAGCAGCCUCUGCAGCAGCCUCUGCUCUUUCAUCUCCAGAGCCUCAUUCGUGUACUUUUGCUAUAUAACUGGAUCUAUGAUCAGGGAUAUCGAUCCAUAGCCCGCCACUAACCGCCUAAUCUCGGUGCGUCCGAUCUCCUAUGGCCGAGUAUUGACACUAUACUCCGUAUACCAGAGUCAUUACAUUUCUCCGUGCUCUGCAGCGGCAUUAUUCUCCAAGGCGUGGCAGAUCAAUCGUACUGCUUCAACAAGCCUCAUGGCCGCUUCUGUACAUAUCAGCCAAGGCGAUGUCCAAGAAACUCAUCUUCUUAAUGGGUGCACCCACGCCGAGAAACCUUCAGUGGGAUGAAGAGCAAUUACUUACAGAGCCCAUCUUUCCCUUCAAGAAACCAAAUCUGGAUGACGAAGAGCUAUGGCGCCUGACAGAUGCUUACCCUGUCAAGUGGAGGCUUUUGCAAGACCUGCGGACAUCUCAGUUGCUACAAGGGACGUUCGACACGGGCUCCCAGGAAAGGGCCUGCUUCUUAGCAACCCGCGACCUCGCAGUCUCUGGCGGGAUUUCGGCCAAUGAACCAGAGGGUUCAGUACUCUCACGGUUCUACGAGCACUCUUUCACCGUGCAUGAAAUUUCCGAGAUUUCGGCGACCGGGGUUCGCUCUGAGACCUCUUUCCAAGGUAGCGGCAUCUGGGCCGAUAGUACCGGGAGUUCGAUCGCAACAGUGAGCGAGAAAGAAGCGCCGAACCCAGGGAUUCUAGGCCAAACAUCUGUCACCGACCUCCAGGCCAUCCCUACGGCAGCAUACUUGACGUCGAUCGUGCCGCAGACCGUGACUGUGAACCUAGUCGUGUCAAUCAUCACCAUCAACCCUCCACGCCGCAUUGUGACACGGCAAUGGAAGAAAGAACUAGACUUGGUAGAGGUUGUAGUGGGCGAUGACACGCGAAGCGGAUUUGGAGUAACCUUCUGGCUUCCUCCUGCGGACCAGGCACAUGCGGCCGGUGAUCGCAACCCUUUCGAGGACGAACUUGGAAGGACGCUGGCUACGCUGCGGCCUCGAGACGUUGUUCUGAUGCGCACGGUAGGACUGAGUUCCUUCCGCGAACGGGUAUACGGGCAGAGCCUGCGGAAGGGAGUCACUAGAGUUGACCUUCUGCAUCGACAGCGGGUUGACGCAAACGAUGCAGGCGGUGUCUACAGCACCAAGAGGCUACAAGAAUUCCAACGGCGGCAGCAGCAGGGUCCUGCAGCCAAGAAGGAAGAGGAUCUGCUGGUUGAGAAAGUCAGCAAGGUGCGCGAGUGGAUCAGACGAUUUGCGCCGAAUGCGGUAGGCGGUGACAGUGGUAAGGGGCCCCUAACACGUGGGCUGGCUGGAAAAGCUACCACAAAUAACACACUGCCUCCGGAUACGCAAGAGUAUAUUUAGAACAUCAACCACAGUCUAGUAGGUAAGGGCAUAGAGAGCUGGGAAUUGCUCUUCCACUAUUGCGCUUCGGACCAUGCACCUGAUCGGACUGGCUGGUAAUACGAACCGGGGAGAAGGCGGACAAAGCAGGAAAUCCAUUGUCUGUCCUCAAACGCGAUCAUACAUGGACGAUCAGAAGAUCUUGAAGCCUAGGAGUUGCUACCGGGGCCGUUGGGAGUUUUCUUGGGGAGGGGGGGCGCGAUGAUUAUGCCUCCUGCAUACACUACUUGCUUCACUGCAACACUUGAGUAACAAGCUCAGCGCGGCUCUACAACAACCAGGUCUUGGAUGGCGAGC